CGUGCCGUGAGCGCGCGCGCGCGCAAGCGCUAUGUACCCAAUCGAGAUGGUGGGGGUACAACGUUUCCGCGCCGUUGCCGGCGGAAAAGCUUCCUCGAGUGGGGGAACAUGUAGAGAGAGAGAGAGAAUUAUAUUCGUGUGGAAUCGAAGCAAGGACAGGUAGGGAGAUCUCGAGCCACCGGGAGAGGAGGGAUAACGGGUCGAACGAGCUAACCCGAACCCCCGAGCCGAGAGCGCCGUGUCUCCCUUCUCUUUCAAACGAUCAUCCUUCUCUCUCUCUCUCUCUCUCUCUCUUAUUCCCUCUUUCUAUCUUUACAUCCCUUUGCCUCGCACCGCGCUUUGAGAACUCUUCGUUCCGUCCUUUUCUCUCUUGCAAGGCCCCUCGUAGUGUCCGCUCCUGCACCGUCGCACCGUCAUCGUCGUUGGUGUCGUCGUCGUCGACGACGACGACGACGACGACGACACAACGCAAGCCCGCCAUCUUUCUUACUAUCUCUCUCUUUCUCGUUCUCCCUAUCUAGUUAUCUCUCUCUCUCUCUCUCUCUUUCUCUUUCUCUCUCUAGCGCUCUUCUCCAGGGCCGUUUUAGGUGCAGCCAAUUACCCGGGACAUCUGUACUUUCUACCGAGAGAGAAUAAAGACGGACUAUUGGAUUAUGUAUUAGGAUAAUAAAAAAAAAAAGUACUUAACCAUCCUGACGCGUAUGUACGUACUAACGAUCGAAAGUUUAGCCUUUGUUAAGGGGGACGACGGAGUCCCUUUAACCUAAACAAUUUUCGUAAAUGAACGUGAAGAAAGAAAAGAAACUCGAUACUUUCUCCGUUCUACAAGAGAAUCGAUCAAUUUAAUAAUAACAUUAAUAAUAAUAAUAAUAAUGAUGAUGAUGAUGAUCAUGAUGAUAGUGAUAACGAUGAUAAUAAUAUUCGAUAAUAAAUGCAUUCUCACUUGUCUUAUCUCGUGAAAUUCGUUAUAUUUCAAUCGAAUCGAGUAACUUACUCGCCUCGACAGGCCUAACUUGAACUCUUUUCAAAAAUUUCUUACGAAUCAAGUUACUUUUGUUAUCAGAUAAAUCAUUGAAAUGCAAACUUAAGAGCGCACGAUUGAUUGGAACGUUAGAAAAAUGAAUAAAAGAGGAUAUAAAUGAAAGAAAUGAUAAACGAAAUAGUCGGGGUAACUGGUUUGCCUAUAUACGGGCCUGGCGCUCGUAUGCUCCAUCUUGUUUUCACUAAACUCGUGUCGACCAACGACCGUUGCGAGUCCAUGGCAUCGACUAUGGCGGUCGCCGCCGCGCCUUUGUGGUUGCUUCUGUGUAUGUUAUGUAUGUGAUGAUGUGUAUAUAUAUAUAUAUAUAUUUAUGUAUGUACGAUGUAUAAGUAUGCAUGCAUGCAUAUAUAUAUGUAUAUGUAUAAACGUAUAUAUGUAGGUACGAUCCGCCAUAAGGUUCGUUCGCUUUGCCCCGUUCGUACGACGAAACAAACUGUUUGACGUUCCCUUGACGAUGACGUUCCAAUGUCCGAUUGGUUCAACGGUUAAAGGUGUUGCGAAUGAAAUGACGACUGUAGAGUAUUUUUGUUAAACAAACUCGACGAAAAUGAUAUAUGAUAUCGUGUUUUCGCAUCGACCAGCGUCCUCGAGGGACACAAAAGAGAAAGAGAACGACGACGAGUAGUAGUAGUAGUAGUAGUAGUAGUAGUAGUAGUGGUAGUGGUAGUAGUAGUGGUAGUAAUAGCAGAGUAGUGUAGUAGCAGUAGCAGUAGUAGAAUAAUAGUAUAGUAUAGUAAUAGUAGUAGUAGUAGUAGUAGUAGUAGUAGUAGUCUAGUAAUAAUACAAAAUAGUGGGAGAGAGAAAAAUCUUCGUAGCAUUGUUUCUAAUACCAACGCGAGUUAUUUUAUCGAGUGCUUUAACCGGAAACGACUUUCGAACGAAUUCCAACUGAAAUCGGUUGAGGCAGCUGACGAGGAUAACGAAAAUCCAUACGAAACUUUUUCCUUAUACGGAAGAAUUAUUACGUAUUUCUCAAACAUUCUCUCUCUCUCUUUAUAUAUAUAUUUUUUUUUUGUUUAGAAUUCUUCAAUUUUUCUUUGAUAAUACUCUAUAUAAGUGUACAGUAAAUAAGAUUACUAGUCCUUAGAAUUUUGAGACAGAGUUCCAACUCGAUUAUUGCUUUCGAGGCGAUCGUAUAAGCUACAGAUCGAUAGCAUGAGUCAUGUGUCUCUCGUCGUCAACAACGACAUGCCCUUUUUUUUAUCCUCCUUGUUUACAGUUCAAGAGUAUCGAUCGCGCUCGAUUCUCUUUCGCGUGUAUUGCAAGAAAAUGUUGUCGUCAACGUCGUCAACGUCGUCGACGUCGACGUCGGCGUCGGCGUCGUGGUUGCGUCGUUCAACCAUUUGAGACAGCAGGCCGGUAAAACGAGUAUAUGUAGUAGGUGCUAUGCUUCAAGCUAGUCUGCUUGCCUGCCCUUUUCGUCUUCUAUUCCGAAGGAGAAGGAGAAAGAUAAAUAGAUACAGAGAGAGAGAGAGAGAGAUAGAGAGAGAGAGAGAGGAACACUAUAAUGCUUUCAUUAUGAACAAAUACACGAAGAAUUCGAUUCGUUCUACGACCUUAUAACGUUCCUAUUAAAUCGAUUCAGAAUUUCAAUUUUCUCUGUUUGUCUCUUUCUCUUUCUCUUCGUACGAACUUCGAAGAAAAACCGUUGAAGGUCGUUCGAAAACUAAUAGGUUAUAAUCCGCCAUUUUGAAUGGCCUCUUAGACGUAGUUCCUCGUUCACAAGGUUUUCCCAUUAUCGGAGAACGAUAGAAGAGUUCAUUGUUCUCGUCAAAGAGACACAACUCUUCUUCACAGGAGCUUGCCACGUUUCUCUUCGAGUCUAACGGUACGUACGUGCGCGUGAAUUAUUUCUUUGCUUUUUCGACGCGAGAGAACUCCAAUGAAGGAGAAUGCGUCAUCCUCUUCCGACGUUCUUUUAACCAAUGAAACACGAACUUGUAUGUCUCGAGACUUGGCUGAUUUUAUGUACCGAGAGUUUUUUUUCGUCUCUUUUCUUUUUUCUUCAAUCUUAUAUUCGUCAUUUUUAAUCGUUUCGACGGUCAUACGAAUAAAAAGUGCGAUAAAGUAGACACGGUUUUCCACUUACGAUGAUCGAAUUCGUAUGUUACGUGGACGACGUGAACAUAAAAAUUGUGGAAACUUCUUUUCCUUCUAAUGGGAUUCAGGUUAUGUCUGUGACCAACGCGAAUAUGUAGAUCGAAUGAUAAUUACAGGAAUUUGUUUUGGAAUGAAACGUACGAAUGUUUCGUUCUUUUACGAAAUUAUUACGUUUAUCGCAAUAUCGGAACUGUUAUUAUCGUGUGUUUGAUAUUGGAUGACUAGCAAGAUUAUAGAAAAUGGCGGCAUCACUUCGAUACGUACACAUCGAGUCAUCUUGCGGCGGUUGUGCUCGUAAAUUAUCUUCUUUACCGACGGUAUUACCUUCCUAUGAUCAUUCGGUAACGGGUAAAAAUGUUUAGUAAAUUUGUAGUUAUUAUCGACGUAAGAUAAUUACCGACAUGAAACAAUUACCGACCGAAGAAAGAAAAAAGAAAUAAUUACAAGAUGAUUGCAAAAGAAAAGCAAUUGGGAAAUGCCGAGAAAGUAUCAAUGGAAUUAUCACUUUCAUCGUCGGAUCCGAAGAUACGAAAAAUGUUCAGGAGACAACGAAUUCAACGUCGUUUGAAUGCUCUGCAUAAGGAUAAAGGAACGGAUCACAUAGAAAUCGUUAAGAGAACUCCUAUCGAAAAACAGAUUCUUACAAGUACCGAAUUCCUAGAACAGAUUAAGGUAGAAGGCGAAGAAGUGAUCUCCAAUGUAAGAGUUGCAAACGAUGCUCGAGAAUUGGAACGACGUAAGAAAGUACAAGAAACAAGAGAAGCAUUGUUGGAUAAAUUAGAAAGAGAUAACGAGGAGUGUAUGUUGAAGUUUAAAGAGAUCGAUGAAAAAUGGUCCGACAUUUUUUCAUCGAAAGAUCCAUUGGACAUAGAAGAAAAGAUGAUGCGACAAAAUGCCAAGUGUCUUGAAUUAUUGGCGAAAAAGGAUGAGAUUAUUACAGGAUUGAAGACUGAACUAGAGAACGCUGAUGUACAAUUUACAUUAGAUUUGAAAAAGCAAGACGAAGAUAUUGAUGUAUUGAUCGAGAGGAUAGAUCGUCAGUUAAAUAUAAUCAGCGAGGCUUAUGACAAAGAACUGGACAACAUCAACAACGUGUUGGACGCCGAACGUAAAUCGCUGUUGAAAACGCUCGAGCAAAAAUGGAAAGAUUUCUAUGAGAAGUUACGGAAUGACAAUCAAGAUGGUAUUGAAAAAAGAAAAAGUAUAAUUCAUGAAUACGAAGAAGAAAUGGAGAAGGUGAUGACGGAACAUCACGAGGAAUAUCGUUCUCAAAAAAUAACUUCGUCAUUGGAGAAUCAAGACCUUCAACAGAAGCUACAGGAUAUGAAAGCUUUGUGCAUGUUAAACGUCGAGAAACUGAAUUAUAGUUAUACCGUUCUUAAACACAAAGAGGAGGAAAAUACUAUAAUGAAAAAUGAACAGAAAAGACGGAUUAAUAAGCUUCAAGAUAUUAUGAACGAAUUAAAAAAGUCUUACGUCAAAUUAGAGGAAGAUAGCCGAUCGGAAAUUCAAGGACUGACAAAACAAGUUCUUAAGGCACAUAAGAAUAUAUUAGAACUCGAAGAGAAGUCUCAAUAUUUUACGAAUAUCAAUGACAAAAAAUAUUUCCAAGUAUGGGAUAUGAAUGUUAAACGUGUCAACGAGCUGGUCGAUAAAAUCUUGACGACUGAUCAAAUUAUACACGAAGAAGCAUUAGGAUUACCGUGGCAACCACCCGAAGUAGACAUUUUGACAAAGGAAGAUUUACCUUCUUACUGUACUGCUAUUAAUAUUAUAAAUAAAGGUAACAUUAUUGCACACUUUCCGACGUAUCAAAAUUACUUCCAAUUAUUUCAUUUUUUGUCUACCAUAGAAAAGACCGAGGCUCAAGAAAAAAGACAAAUGCCAAUUAUUUACAAAAAGGCUGUUACCUUUGAAGACAUCAAUUUGGAACGACGUUUAUUAAAUCACAUAAUGGAACAUAUAUCCAAGGAAUCCAGUUAUCUGAUCGACGAAAAUAUACAAAAGUUACUUAUACCGUAUACGACCGAGAACAAUAUAAUCAUUAGAUUAGAUAACGUUUUUCAGGCAUUAAACAUAAUAUCCGAAGAGGAAAUACAAUUCUUGUUAAAUUUCUUUCUGCCGUAUACCUAUUGUCCCGAUUGUGCGGCUUUGGAUAAAACUCUGGAUAAAAUAACGGAAUCUUCGUCAUCUUCGAGCACGAAUGAUGUACCUGCCGUCUGCGGCGGCGAAGAAUUAGACGAAGAAGCUGCUGAAUUAGUAAAAACUAUAAAGGAAGAGGUUUUCUUUCAAGACGUAUGUUCAAACGUUUAUACAUGCGUCGAUACGGAUUAUUCGCAAGAAUAUAUUCCCUCGGUAGAAACUACGUCGUCUGUUUCAUCAGAGGAAUUACAUGUACCGUCAACUUCUUCCAAUUACGAUAAGAAAAAUUCAUGGGAAGAAAAGGAGAUCGGGCCACGAAAUCAAUUGAUCUGCAAAAAGGGACAUUUGCUAAAAAUCGAUGCGUCGUACGUUACAAGAGCAUUGAAGGAAUUCAUAGAGAAAUAUAAUUUUAUCAAACGCGAGGAAACACCAGAAUCUUUGAAAGAGAAAUUAUUAAAAAAGAACGUUACAAUUUCACGAAGUUUAACCGUCGAGGAUAUCAAAGAAUUUUGGAAAAGGUACAGAGAUUUGUUUCCAUCGGAUAAAGAAUGUCUUUGGGAUGGUUUGCUCGUUGGACUUAAACAGUAUUAUGAAACUUUAAAAGAAAGACAAAGAUUGAACAACGAAACAGAAUUUUUGAAGAAACAAAAUGCUGAACUACGACGUUUAUUAAAGACGUAUACCGUCGAGGUUGGACAAAUUUACUUCUCUUUUUUUCCAUUAGAAAUAGAAAUUUAUCAUAGAAAUUAUAUAUUCGAUGUAAUAUAUGUUUCAGAUUGAAAGCAGUGCGAUAACCGAUACAGAAGUAUCUUCCUCUGUUAAAACAUAAUGAAACUUACGAUGCCGAUAAAUCCAUCCAUCCAUUCAUUCGUUCGUUCGUUCGUUCGUUCAUUCGUUCAUUAAUCCAUCUAUUACAUUCCAGAAGUGAUCUCUAUCGAUCGUUUACAUUUGAUUAAUCGUAACAUUUUUUCUCUCAGGAAUUUUUACGAGAUCGAAUCGUCAACCUCAACCCCUAUUAGUCGCCUUUUACGACAAGCAGAGGAUACUGUAGGUAUAUUCU